GGUGCGCGAGCUCUCACGCUGAUAUUUUUGUAAAUAAAUAAAUUAAACAUUCUGUUUCCAUGUGAUGUGCGCUUCGUCGUAAGUAGUUGAUUUAAUUUUUUGUUAUUUCCUUCUAUUUUUAUUUUUCUAUUUAUUUUUUAUUUUUCGUACUUUAUUCUAGUGAAUUAUAGUUGGUGCUCCCAAGCUGAAAUACGUUUUGAUACCCCACACCGAACACCGUAAUUAUUUAAUUAACUAUGACAAGUCAAAAUGGCGACAGUAGUCUGCUGCUGCUGCAGCAGGAAGAGGAGGAGGACAAGACAAAUGUGCACUUAGAUUCUAUGAGCGGAAACGAUGUGAUUCGAUUUCGCGAUCUACAGCAAUGGUACACAGCGAGUAACUGGGAUGUAAAAAGAGAUUUCCUGGGAAAUAUAUUGGACGUUUGCGGGGACCCGUUGUUUUUGUUUAUUUUGCAAAAAAUAUUCGACAGGGCGUACACCAGGGACAUUGCAGCGUGCAAUAUUACCGAUUUGUCCUCUGACAUGCGUCCGGCCAGAGACAACGAGUCUUUAUUAGAUUUGACCGCAUCGGAGCAGACGACGGAAGACCUUUCGAAUUGGUUUAACGGAUUGUCAAAACAUCUCCGGCUAGCAAUAUUUGUCAAACUCACGUUAUUGGGCGGAAUUGGUGUUAUAACUGCAACUAGCAAUCACCUCAAUCAUUUGAUUAAGUCAAAUGGAAAUUUACCAAGUUUGCGAAACAUGAUUGACAAAAAUACUGAAAUGCAAAAUGAAAUGUUCACUGUACACGAAGACUUACUGUUGAAGAACAGAUUAUCAGAUUCCAAAAAAAUACUAUCAAAAACUAAUUUAGACAAACAUAAGGCCAAGAUUACUGAUGUGGUAUAUCGGGAUUAUAUGGAACGUACAAACGAAUGGAAAAACAAAUUGGAUUCAUUCGAGCAGAAAUACCACGCGAUUCGUAGAACCACUGAACCCGACAGCGACUUGGCCCAAAUGCUUCCGGUUUGGCAUGUUAUUCCAGCUGGCGGGAAAUUAUUAAGCGAUCCUAGUUGUAAAGAAACUAACGCAACCCCGACGUCAACAAACGGGAAUGGCGAACAUAUACCAUUGAGUUUAAGUCAUACAUUGGCUUCUGUAACGGAGUACAAAAAAGCAAGAAACUACAUUGACCUGCAAAUUGACAGACGUUUAAAAAUACAGCAGUCAAGGCGUUCAGACAAUAUAACUGAAUUAGACGAUUGUGGAAAUUUUGAUUUUCAUGCGAUACCAUUUUAUGAAAAUUGUUGUACUGAAAAGGAUAAUACUACUAUUGUAUCGAAAAGAGAAGGAUCCGAAUUUUCGAAUAAGGAUCAAAUUAUCGACGAUUUAUCCAUAAAAAUCACAUAGCCCCGGUGAA